UACACACCCAGUAUGACAUUUAAUAUAAAUUACCUUAUCUUCAGUCAGUACGCCUUGCUCUAAUCAUGUCAGGCUUACGUGACAAUGGCGGCCCGUUAAUAUCAAGUGUACGAACUCUUGGGAAGAUGAGGGAGGAUACAUUGCAAAAAUACAACGUUUUAGAAGGGCCCCAGACUGUGACAGACUGAGGCGGGCCAUGGCGAGUCCAAAACGCAGGGCUCCCCCUACAACAAUGGAGAUUAUACUUCCUCCUCCUGAUGAAAGUGUUCAAAUGAACAAUGACUGGAAUGAUCAAACAGAUGGAGAAGCGAGCGAAUUUGAAGAGUCUGUGUCGAGCCUUUACUCAGAAGAGAGCACGAGUGACGGGUUUGUGGAGGAGGAGGUUGAUGAGGAGAUGGAGACGAACAGUGAGGAGGAACUGAGAAUCAGAGAGGGUGACAGAAUAGAAGACCGCAGUCCUCUCGAAGCUACAUGUAUCUCUCUCACAACUGCAGAUUGCGAAGCAGAAGAAGAAGAAGAAGCAGACGAAGAAGCAGAAGAAGAAGCCAUUUUACAUCAGUAUAGGGAUCAAGAUUUGGGGAAGGGAAUAGUUCUCAAAGUACCUACAGGGGCGUCUGACAUCGACUGCCAUGUUGAGCCUGUAUGUGCGGAAGAUAGGACACUGAUGCUUGAUGAGUUUUCCCGGACAGAUAAUGACAUGAUGGUCAGUGAUCUGUACAGGGUCGUUGGGAAUGGUUUCCCUCAGGUAAACAAUACACCAUACAAACUCCAGCUACCCCUGCACCUGCCAUCCACAAAGCUAGACAAAAGAGAUCUGUUGCAAUUUAUGGUCUUCAAAAAGUGGGAAGCGUGGACGUCUGAUGAAGCUAAUUAUGAGGAUGAUCUUGCAUGCUUUCACGUAGAGAAUUUACACUACUUCGUGGUGUAUGCCAGGCAGCGUGGAGAGGUUAUCAAUAUCACACCAAGAGGAUACACAUUCGUUUCAAGCAAAGAUCAAAGGAUUCGAGUCGAAGUACCAGAUGGAGCCGUGGACACGGAAAUGACUAUUUCCAUCCAGAUUCAGCCGACCAGCAUGAACAGACUGGAAUGGUACAGAGCUUAUGACCCGGGCGUUUGUGAGGGAAUAUAUGCUCUAUCUGACAUACUAUCUGUACGAUAUGCAGUUGGAAGAGCUUUCAAUAAACCCGCGGAGGUGGAACUGCCAAUUGAAGAUACUGGAUCGGACGAGGUGGAGGUAAACUGGUUGAAUGUCGAAAAUGGGGUUUACAGUGUGUCUUCGGGUGACAAUGGAAUAAGCAAUGGAUCUGUGAGAAUGUCACACGACACUACCGGUACAAACAGGGCCCCAGAAUGUAACAGACUGAGGCGGACCAUGGCGAGUAUAAAACGCAGGGUUCCCCCUACAACAAUGGGGAUUAUACUUCCUCCUCCCGAUGAAAGGUCUGUGUCCAGCCUUUACUCAGAAGAGAGCAAGAGUGACGGGUUUGUGGAGGAGGAGGUUGAUGAGGAGAUGGAGACGAACAGUGAGGAGGAACUGAGAAUCAGAGAGGGUGACAGAAUAGAAGACCGCAGUCCUCUCGAAGCUACAUGUGUCUCUCUCACAACUGCAGAUUGUGAAGCAGAAGAAGAAGAAGAGGAAGAAGAAGCAGACGAAGAAGAAGAAGCAGAAGAAGAAGCCAUUUUACAUCAUUACAGGGAUCAAGAUUUGGGGAAGGGAAUACUUCUCAAAGUACCUACAGGGGCGUCUGACAUCGACUGCCAUGUUGAGCCUGUAUGUGCUGAAGAUAGGACACUGAUGCUUGAUGAGUUUUCCCGGACAGAUAAUGACAUGAUGGUCAGUGAUCUGUACAGGGUCGUUGGGAAUGGUUUCCCUCAGGUAAACAAUACACCAUACAAACUCCAGCUACCCCUGCACCUGCCAUCCACAAAGCUAGACAAAAGAGAUCUGUUGCAAUUCAUGGUCUUCAAAAAGUGGGAAGCGUGGACGUCUGAUGAAGCUAACUAUGAGGAUGAUCUUGCAUGCUUUCAAGUAGAGAAUUUACACUACUUCGUGGUGUAUGCCAGGCAGCGUGGAGAGGUUAUCAAUAUCACACCAAGAGGAUACACGUUCGUUUCAAGCAAAGAUCAAAGGAUUCGAGUCGAAGUACCAGAUGGAGCCGUGGACACGGAAAUGACUAUUUCCAUCCAGAUUCAGCCGACCAGCCUAAGCAAACUGGAAUGGUACAGAGCUUAUGACCCGGGCGUUUGUGAGGGAAUAUAUGCUCUAUCUGACAUACUAUCUGUACGAUAUGCAGUUGAUAGAGCUUUCAAUAAACCCACGGAGGUGGAACUGCCAAUUGAAGAUACUGGAUCGGACGAGGUGGAGGUAAAAUGGUUGAAUGUCGAAAAUGGGGUUUACAGUGUGUCUUCCGGUGACCAUGGAAUAAGCAAUGGAUCUGUGAGAAUGUCACACGGCACUACCGGUACAAACAGGGCCCCAGACUGUAACAGACUGGGGCGGACCAUGGCGAGUCUAAAACGCAGGGUUCCCCCUACAACAAUGGAGAUUAUACUUCCUCCUCCUGAUGAAAGAGUUCAAAUGAACAAUGACUGGAAUGAUCAAACAGAUGGAGAAGCGAGCGAAUUUGAAGAGUCUGUGUCUAGCCUUUACUCAGAAGAGAGCACGAGUGACGGCUUUGUGGAGGAGGAGGUUGAUGAGGAGAUGGAGACAAACAGUGAGGAGGAACUGAGAAUCAGAGAGGGUGACAGAAUAGAAGACCGCAGUCCUCUCGAAGCUACAUGUAUCUCUCUCACAACUGCAGAUUGUGAAGCAGAAGAAGAAGAAGCAGACGAAGAAGAAGCAGAAGAAGAAGCCAUUUUACAUCAUUACAGGUAAUGCAUGGAA